UCUUCCCACAGAGCAACAACACACAAGAGCACAGACGCUGAUAUUCCAGCAGGUAAUUAAGAUAACGCAAUCAUCCAUGGGUGCCGGGAUGAAGCGCGCGCGGGAGGAGGAGCCCGUGUCGCUGGCGCUGGCGCUGAGCACGGACUCCACGUCCUCCACGACGUCCGGUGCGGCGCCCAUGGCGGCCAGGAAGAGGGCGCGGCGGGGGAGGGUGGUGGCGACGUCCGGGGAGGGCGACUUCGUGUGCAAGACCUGCGGCCGCGCCUUCACGUCGUUCCAGGCGCUCGGCGGGCACAGGACCAGCCACCUCCGCGGCCGCCACGACCUCGAGCUCGGCGUCGGCGUCGCGAAAGCCAUCAGGGCGAGUAAACGGCGGGAGGAUGAUCCGUCGCACGAGUGCCACACCUGCGGGCUCGGCUUCGAGACGGGCCAGGCUCUCGGAGGACACAUGAGGCGACACCGCGAGGAGGUGGAGUUCAGCGGUGGUGGUGCCGGCGCCGACCAGUGGGUCUGGCGCAGCUUCGGGUUGCCGGAUCACGAGGUGGUGGGGCACGCUGCCCACCGACCGCCCGUCUUGCUCGAGUUGUUCGUCUAGCUAGCCGUAGCUGGAUCUAACAGUUCCAGAGAACCUGUACAGACAUGUCUUCAGAUUUUAUAGGUAACAGGUUAGCCUUGUAGUUAUGAUUUU